UGGCUUCUCCUGCGGCGAUUACGGCGGCGCGUACGUCGGUGGAGACGAUGGUUGCGGAUGUGCGUGGGAAAGGUGGAAGAGAAGAUGAGCGAGGAAGGACGAGUUUGAAUUUAGGGCAUAGCCGGCCGAUGAACUUGUUGGUGGCGCAAUCACCGUACUUCACUGUUCCACCUGGACUCAGCCCCGGGGGAUUGCUCGAUUCUCCCGCCAUGUUCUCUAAUUUGUUUGGAAUGUCACAUCAACAGGCAUUGGCACAAGUAACCGCACAAGCUGCCCAUUCUCAUGCUCAAAUUCACAGCCAGACAGAAUAUCCAUCUUCUCUUCCGUCAGCUUCCUUGACGCAGCAGGUUUCCACCAUUAAUAUGGCCACAACUCAGCCAGUGCAAUCCCUAACUUCCAGUUCAUAUAAUUCUGGGUCUGCUCUUAUGUCUCAUUGUGACCAAAAAGCUCAGCCAACAGCUCUUGUUGUUGAUAAGCCUGUUGAUGACGGCUACAACUGGCGCAAGUAUGGGCAGAAACAGGUUAAAGGAAGUGAAUUUCCAAGGAGCUAUUACAAAUGUACCCACCCAAAAUGUCCAGUUAAGAAAAAGGUUGAACGUUCCUUGGAUGGCCAUGUAACUGAGAUAAUCUACAAGGGUCAACACAAUCACCAGAAGCCUCCACCUAACAAACGAUCGAAGGAUGGGACGGCUGAGUUUAGUGGAAGUUCUGAUCCUAAUAAUGCUGACUCUCGCACACAGGGUGAUAUUUCAUACUUGAACAGAUCAAGCGAGGGAUCUAAAAGAUCCCGAGAAUCUGUACAUGGAGCAUCUGAGCAGCUAACAGGUUCUAGUGACGCUGAGGAGUUAGGAGAUGCUGAAGCAGGAGUAGAUGAAGCGGAGUAUGGCGGCGAAUCUGAACAGAAAAGAAGGAAUCUGGAAACAAGGGUAAUAGAGUCGGCAGCUUCUCAUAGGAUGGUGACAGAACCAAGGAUCAUUGUGCAAACAACAAGCGAAGUUGAUCUUUUGGAUGAUGGAUAUAGGUGGCGCAAAUAUGGACAAAAAGUAGUAAAAGGAAAUCCUCAUCCGAGGAGUUAUUACAAGUGCACUCAUGCAGGAUGCAAUGUUCGAAAGCAUGUUGAAAGGGCUUCAACUGAUGCCAAAGCAGUCAUAACAACUUACGAGGGUAAGCACAACCAUGAUGUUCCUGCUGCUAGGAACAGUAGCCAUAACACACAUCCUUAUGCUCUUCCUCCCAAUAGAAAUAACUCUGCCCCUCAUCAAAUUGAUUCAAAUAAUCAGUUCAUUAAUGAAAUACCAGAUUUGAGAAACAAUGUUCAGCGCCCAAUUGCAGUUCUUCAGCUGAAAGCGGAACAUGAAAUGACCUAGAAUUUAAAAAAAUAAUAAUAAUAAUAAUAAUUUAUAGUACUUUUGUGAGUUAGACGAGAUUGGAGCACACAAAUUGGUAGUGAAUUUGUAGCAAUUAUGUAAUUUGUAAUUAUCAUAACAUUGUAUUUAUCAUUGUUACUUUUUUUUGGCCUUCAGGUCUUAUUUUGGUUAGGGAGGUGAUAA